AUGUACCGCCCGUGCGCCGCCCGUGUUGGCGACGGGCCGCCCGUGGUGGCGACGUACCGCCCGUGCGCCGCCCGUGUUGGCGAUGGGCCGCCCGUGGUGGCGACGUACCGCCCGUGCGCCGCCCGUGUCGGCAACGGGCCGCCCGUGGUGGCGACGUACCGCCCGUGCGCCGCCCGUGUUGGCAAUGGGCCGCCCGUGGUGACGAUGCACCGCCCGUGCGCCGCCCGUGUUGGCAAUGGGCCGCCCGUGGUGACGACGUACCGCCCGUGCGCCGCCCGUGGUGACGACGUACCGCCCGUGUUGGCAAUGAGCCGCCCGUGGUGA